AUGAUGAUGAUGGAUCCUCUAUCAAUAUUGGCAGCAGAAGAAGAAGAGAAACAAAACAAGAUACUUGAAAAAGAAAAAGAGGUAGAGGAACAGAAAAGGUCUACUCAAGUCAAUCAUGCCAAGAUAUUCGCAGAAGAGGAAAGAAAAUUAGAGUCUAUUGCAACUAUUCACUUGCAUCAUCCAAGUAUACACGUUGGCAUGAAUGAUAAUAUCAAAACAAUUGAAAUCAAUGAUCGUUCAUUAAUCACUAAAAAGAAAUGGAUGAAUGCUUUUUGUAUAGUAAACUUUGAUCUUGAAAUUGGUCAAACUUUAGAUUAUAGUUUUCCACCAAAAUUAAAUUUAAAAGAAGAGGAAAUUGUUAAUUUAUGUUUUUUAUCAUUUCCUGAUUCAAAUUCACAUUUACAAGGUGAUAUAAUAUAUUGUUUUAAAUUAAAAUAUUGGAAUCAAGAGACAAGACUAUACGACUAUCAAUAUGGUUAUGUUUUCUUUAGACAAGAGAAAAAUGAUCGUAUUGAACGUGGCUAUUUGCAGAGGUCAGUGGUAUUGUUGAGCGAUGAACCAUUUGUUGGAUUGUACAAAAAGGUGAUUGAAGUGGUUGGACCACUCUACUUUCAAUUUGGUGAGACUCUGUUGGAGGUGGCGUUUCAAAACAUGUCAAAUUGGCCAGAACUGAAAUUGGGUCAAUCAUACGAACUCCCAAUACUCGGUAGUAUCUUUACAUUCCAUGUUCCCUAUACUAUUGGUGCACCUCAUAUUAUCGAUCCUAUUCUAAAGUAUAGUAAUAAUACAAACUUUCAAAGUAGUGUAAUGGGUAGUGGUGGAGCUGGUGGUGGUGGUAAUGGUAAUGCUAGCACUGGUCUAUCUCCACCACUCGUAUCAGUAUCCAACCUCAAGUCAAUUGACUUGUACUGCUGCUUUAAAAAUCUAUCAACUAAAUUAUGGAUGCUUUGGGAGAUGGUGUUGCUCAAUCACCCCAUCAUUGUCAUGUCACCGUCACCUCCCAUCUCUUCGGAUUGUGUGUUGGCGCUCAUCUCACUCAUAUCUCCUCUCAACUAUACUGGUGAUUAUCGUCCCUAUUUCACCAUCCACGAUCCCGAUUUCCAAAAAUUCACAGCAACCAAUAGUACUUUUCAUAAACAUUCAAGUAGUAAUAAUAAUAAUAAUACAACUUCAUCAUCAUCUGAAGAAGUGGAUUGUGCAGAAUUACAUAAUAAUAUAAAUGGAACACCAUCGACUAUAUUGGGAGUGACCAAUCCAUUCUUUUUAAAGGCACUUGGACAUUGGCCAACUACAGUUAUUAUCGGACCGACACAACGAUUUGGAAAGAGUGUAGAGAGUAGCGCAAGUAGUAUGAAAAAGACACUCUCCUUUUCCAGAGACUCUGAUGCCAAAGAACGUGUCGUUUCAGAGUACAAACCAUUGACAUCACCCGACAAAACAAUCCUCAAGAAAAUAUCAUCAGGAGAUUUGGAAAACAACAACAACAAUGAAUCUCUUCGUAAACAUUUUCUUCAAUUAACUUUAAAUUUCCUAAUCCCAUUGGAAAGAUAUUUUGCUUCUUUAUUACCACUUGCAAAGACUAUAUCAGUAUUUCAAAGACCACCAAGAUUAAAAGAUUUUGAUCAAGAAGAAUUUUUAAACAAAUUGGAAGGUGAUGAUGAAACCUAUGUAAUCGAUAGCAAGACUAAAGAAAUUGAAUUGUAUAAAAAGUUUUUAGAAUCUAGUAAUUUUGAAAAUUGGUUGGAAAAUAAGCGAAAGGAAGCAAUCCGUCAUUUAAAUAUACUCUACCGUAAAGCUAUCCUUGAGGCCGAUGUUCAAACUUUAUUAAAAGGAAAAAGUCCUGCAACUGCUUUAGAUUUAUAUAAAAGAAUUAAAGAUCAAUUGAUUUUAGAAGAAAAUUUAUUCAAUACUUCACAUGAAAUUAAGGAGAAGAUAAAAUCUCACCUUGAAUUAAUUGUACCUUAUUUGCCAUUAACAUGGCAAGCAAAUUAA